CCGCGCUCUCUCCCCUUACUCCCUCAGCCCCCCACCCGGGAUGGAGCCGAGCGCGGCGUGGAGUCCCCGCGGUGGGAGAGAGAAUGUGAUGGACAUCGGUCUGACCAACGAGAAGCCCAACCCGGAACUCUCUUACUCGGGCUCCUUCCAGCCAGCCCCGGGCAACAAGACCGUGACCUACUUGGGAAAGUUCGCCUUCGACUCCCCCUCUAACUGGUGCCAGGACAACAUCAUUAGCCUCAUGAGCGCCGGCAUCUUGGGGGUGCCCCCGGCCUCAGGGGCACUCAGCACGCAGACCUCCACGGCCAGCAUGGUGCAGCCACCUCAGGGCGACGUGGAGGCCAUGUAUCCGGCGCUGCCCCCCUAUUCUAACUGCAGUGAUCUCUACUCGGAGCCUGUGUCUUUCCACGAUCCCCAGGGCAACCCUGGGCUCGCCUAUUCCCCCCAGGAUUAUCAAUCGGCCAAGCCGGCCUUGGACAGCAACCUCUUCCCCAUGAUUCCCGACUACAACCUGUACCACCACCCCAACGACAUGGGCUCUAUUCCGGAGCACAAGCCCUUCCAGGGCAUGGACCCCAUCCGAGUGAACCCGCCCCCUAUUACCCCCCUGGAGACCAUCAAGGCAUUCAAAGACAAGCAGAUCCACCCAGGCUUCAGCAGCCUGCCCCAGCCGCCGCUCACACUCAAGCCCAUCCGGCCCCGCAAGUACCCCAACCGACCCAGCAAGACCCCACUCCACGAACGGCCCCACGCCUGCCCAGCGGAGGGCUGCGACCGCCGUUUCAGCCGCUCGGACGAGCUGACCCGGCACCUGCGCAUCCACACGGGCCACAAGCCCUUCCAGUGCCGGAUCUGUAUGCGGAGCUUCAGCCGCAGCGACCACCUUACCACUCACAUCCGCACGCACACAGGCGAGAAGCCCUUUGCCUGCGAGUUCUGCGGGCGCAAGUUUGCGCGCAGCGACGAGCGCAAGCGCCAUGCGAAGAUCCACCUCAAGCAAAAGGAGAAGAAGGCCGAGAAGGGGGGUGCGCCUUCUGCGUCCUCAGCGCCCCCGGUGUCCCUGGCCCCUGUGGUCACCACCUGUGCCUGAGGCUCGGGGCCCCCAGAUUCCUACAUUUCCCCUCCAGUGUCUCCCUGCUGCCAGCCUGAAAGCAGCGGGAAAGCUAGCCACGGAGGCGCAGGGGCCGCUCCCUGGCCUCUCCAUGGACGUAAGGUCCCUUGUCCCUCUUCGAUGUCCCCCGUUUCCACCCUUUCACACCGGCCAACAGUUGGGGGCCAGAGCAGGAGGCGCCUUCCCCUCGCUGACCCCCACCCCCCUUUAGCCAAGGCGUCGGGGGUGGAAAGGUGGCGUCUAGCCCGCUUUGUUCAGUUCGGAUCGUCUUGAUCCAGGGGCCGCUGGGCCGUGCCAAGGAACUGCAGGGGACUGAAGGCGGGGCCCGACCAAGCCUCGCCUGACCUAAGCACCUCACUGGUCCCCGAACGUCUCCCUCGGUUCCCCCUCGAAGACCAGAGAGGGGGAGAGGGUAAGGAG